GCCUGCGCUAAUGCUUACGUCACCCCUUCAUGAUCGAACUUUGGAACUCUUUUGGGGUCGUCGCGUUGCAGCAACGUUUGGGACUAGAGGCUCUUCAAGGGUCGGGGCAGUUUUGUUUCGUUGACCACGACAGAACCUUUACAAUGAAUGCAACAACUGCUGACCACUACUCCCAGAACCGCUCCUACCAACACAGUUUCGGGGUUGAGGUGCUGCAGCAGUACCUGGCGUGGGAGGGGGGCGACACAGUUCUGGACGCAGGGUGUGGCACGGGGGAGAUCUGCAGAUACAUGUCUCAACAGCCAGGGGUCGCUUCUGUGCAGGCAUUCGACGUGUCUGCUGGAUUCGUCAGCUACGCCAACCAGAAUAACUCAGCUCCAAACGUCCGCUAUGACGUGGCCGAUGUUUCUGACAUAUCCACUUAUAAGCCAGAGUGGAAAGGUGGCUUCAGCAAGGCCGUCUGUCUCGCGGUGCUGCACUGGCUCCAGGACAAGGAAGCAGCACUAAAAGCGAUACAUUCAUGCCUGAGGUCACGUGGAGAAAUCUUGCUAUCUUGCGACACCGAGGACAGCAGCUUCUAUCGAACCUCACACAACAUGGCUUCGCACCCCAAGUGGCAGCCCUAUUUGGGAGAUUUUGCGCCGAACCUGUUUCCGUGGCCUUCCGGUGAUCUCGUGGAGAACCGUAGCCGCCUGAUGCAGGAGUGCGGGUUUGAGGUACUUUCAUGUCACAUCAAACCGCAUCAGCAGUCCUUCGAGUCUAAGGCAAAGCUGAUGGAAGCCCUCCGCGGUAUUUUUCCGCACCUGAACUACAUACCACAGGAAAAGCACGAAGAGUUCUUCGAUGACCUGUUUGAGAUGGCCAAAGACAUGCAUAUGGUGUCUACGGGCGGAGAUUCUGGUUACAUAGGGAAGAAUGAUACUUUAGUCCUUCAUGCCCGAAAGCUGUGAAUUCACUCACAUUGCAAAUUGGAUCUACAAGAUUAUGAGAGAGAUUCUCUUCUUGGCUUUACUUCAAUGGCAGUACUUCCGCUUUUUGUAAUAGUCUUGAUUUGUUGAUGGCAGGUAG